AACAUGAAGAAGACCUGGACUGAAGCUCAGAGAUACUGCAGAGAGAAAUACACAGAUCUGGCCACAGUCAACAACAUGAACAACAUGAAACAACUGAUAAAGAGUAUAGAUCACAGUCUUUAUGGUGUCUGGAUUGGACUGCAUAGAUCAAGUGUUCAUAAAUGGAAGUGGUCUUUGGGUGAUCCUGUGAAAUAUACAAACUGGUAUGGAGACUCAAAUGGUCCAGAUGAUUGUGUUUAUAUGAGAGAUGGAUCAUGGCAUCAUCAGGACUGUAAUACGAACAUGAGAUUCAUCUGCUACAAUGAGAGCAGUAAAGGAUUCAUCAUUGAUGAUUCUUCAGUAUCAUGGAGAGACGCUCAGAUCUUCUGCAGACAGCAUCAUACUGAUCUGACCAGUGUGAGGAAUCAGACUGAGAAUCAACAGAUUCAGAAGAUCAUGAAUGACACAAACAUAUAUGAAGUCUGGAUCGGUCUGUUCAGUGACUCAUGGGAGUGGUCAGAUAAGAGGAACUCUGGAUUCAGAAACUGGGAUCCUUGUGAACCAAAUAAUCCUUAUACUGAAAAAUGUGCAAUGGUCGGUGGGGUUAAAUGGAAUAAUGUGGUUUGCAGUAUCUCUCUGACCUUUGUGUGUCAUGAAGAUAAUCUGAUAUUGAUCCAGGAGAAUCUAAGCUGGUCUGAAGCUCUGAGAUACUGCAGAGAGAAUCAUGUGGAUCUGGUUUCAGUUGAUUCAGAGGAGAUUCAGCGCUGGGUAAUGGACGUGAUUGAUGAGUCCUCUACUGACGCCGUGUGGAUGGGGUUACACUAUUACUGCCAAAUGAACCUCUGGAUCUGGAUACGAGGAGAGGCCGUGUGCUAUCAGAAUUGGGCUCCAGGGAACGGAGCAGGACUGAUGGACUGCAACACUGAACACAGAGCUGGAGCAGUUCAGUCUGGAGGAGAUCAUCUCUGGAUCAGCCUUCCUCAAUCUCACAAACUCAACUUCAUUUGCAGCAGAAAAUAA